AUGGCGCAAGCUCGGCAUCCCCAGCAGCAACAACCCCCUCCGCCGUUCUCUACUCAGUCCUUCUCCCCGCCUGUCUCCUCGCCAUCUCCCAACUCUGCUGCCUCCCCUGUGAAUGGAGCUGUUGCUCCCCCUCCAUCAAAAAGACCUCGCUUAUCGCCUCUUCCGCCUUCUCAGACACAGUCUCCUUAUGGAUCUCCGAGCUUUGGCGCAAUGCAACUUCCACCAAACCAUGCUCAAAUGAACGGAGCACCGGUUAACAUGAAUAUGAAUGUCAAUAUGACUUCGCCCGCACCCCCUCCCCCGGCACCUCCCGGUACUAUGGGACCUCCUUCUCGCCCGGUAGACAAGACAACGGAUGCAGCUGAACUGACUGAUGUCUUGGCUUCAUCUGGCAUUGAUGUGAGAGAAGAAGAAGCAUUUCUCACGCGGAGCUUUUCAGGGCAGAAUGCGCAGGCGCAGCCACCCCAGCGAGGUCUCCAGAUGUCUCACCCGCCACCCAUCAAUACCUCUUUCAAUUCUCAAGUGUCUACUCCAGGAACGCUAUCAGCUUCCAACAGCUUUGGUGAAUUGCCGCAGAUUAAACCCGCGAUAGCAAAUGAUUCUUUCACUUCUGAUCCGUCCUCGCAAGCACCUGCUCCAUUUAAAGAUCCGAACGAACCGACCCGCGAGGAUACGGUGGCCGCAAGACGGGCACAAUAUCACAUUCAAGAGCCGUUCUUGCUGACAAAACUUCUUGAGCAGAAGCUUCAGAAGCGCGGAUUUGAUCUUGGUGUUCGAAUUCCAGCUGAGGGUCUUUUUCAUCCUGUUCCUGGUCGUCCUCAGCCUAUUGAAGUUACUGGUCCAGAUGGGUCUUCUGUUGUGCGCACUGGUCAGACAAUUCUCAACCAGGAUGGAGCUCCUCUCGUCGACAUCCUGAACAUUUUAUCAAUCUCUUGCGAAGAAAGACUACGAGGUGUCAUUGACUAUUCCUCAUCUCUCGCUCGAAGUCGGCGGGCACAUUCUCAUGGCACAGUUCCCGCGGAAUGGAGAGACAUUGCGAGCCCUCUUGGGCCGACUGCAGGGAACGUGCAAACACCUGUGAAGCGUCCCCAUUCUGCCGUCGAUUCAUCUGGUCCAAAACCCAACCCAGAGCGGUUCCGCGCACUAAUCCAGAGGGAAGCUUUGCAAGAAGAAAGACGGGCAGCCAAGCGUGCCAAACGUAAUAGUAAUGCUAUUCUUGGCGAAGCCGGUCGAGCCGAGUCCGUUGAUAUCAACGGGUCCGCACCUUCGACCCCUAUCGGUGAUAAGACCCCCAGCUUUGACAAGAAGUCCGUCACGAAAAAGGAAGCCAGAAAAAUGGUCGACUCGAAGGCCAGCGAGGCUCAACAGCAUCAGCAAUCCGUGGAAACGGCGCGUAUGGCGCUAUCUGGUCGCAUGUUUGGUGCCAAAAAAUCCUACUCGUGGCUGAAGUCCGGAGGUCCUGCCAAUAGUGGCUUCUCCUCCCCUUCCCGUCCCGCUCCAUCUACGCCCACUGCAGGUCCCGAAAAAUCCAUAUCCGGGGAAUCCGCACCUAGUCAGACCCAUCGUCGUCUCGGAACAUGGCGUGAAGACCAAGAGCGAGGAGCGGGGAUCCAAGUCCGAGAUGUGUUGUUCAUGCUGGAGGCAGAUGGACGGGGUACCAAACACAUUCAAAAGGGAUAUCUGAAGGAUCCCAAAGAGGAUCGAGACCGUGGAAACUAG